CACGAUAAAAAAGAUGUAAACAAAAAUAAAAUAAUUCAAAAGUGGGUUAGGUGUUCGUAACCUCAAAUAUAUUGAAAACUGGCGGCAACUCGUUGACAAGUAAAACGCACUUACAUCAGAUCAUAGAUGGAAUUGUUUAUGGAAUAGAAAGCGGAAUUAGUUGAUAUCAUGGGUAUUACCGGUUUGUUACCAUUCUUAGAAAAGUCUUCUAGGAAAACAAACAUCAAAGAAUUUUCCGGCGGUACUGUUGCAAUCGAUUCUUAUUGUUGGUUGCACAAAGGUGUGUUUUCUUGCGCCGAAAAGGUAUUAUUGGGACAAAAAACAGAUGCAUUUGUUCUGUAUUGUAUGAAGUAUAUAAAUAUGCUGUUAAAAUAUCACAUAAAACCAAUCUUGGUAUUUGACGGUCGACGAUUGCCUGCCAAAGAACAGACAGAAAUUAAGAGACGAGAAGCCAGACAAAUGAAUCGUCGAAAAGCAAGCGAGUUAAUGCAAAUGGGCCAAGUUACAGAAGGAAGAAACUUAUUGAAAAGAGCUAUAGAUAUCACUCAUGAAAUAGCACUGGAAUUAAUUAAACAAUGUCAAAAUGAAAACAUUGACUGUAUAGUAGCUCCUUAUGAAGCUGAUGCACAAUUGGCAUAUUUAAAUAUCAGUGGUAUAGCUGACGUUGUUAUCACAGAAGACAGUGAUUUGACAUUAUUUGGCUGUAAAAAGAUAUUUUUUAAAAUGGAUUUUAACGGAUACGGAGUUUUAAUUGAGCAAGAUCGAUUGCAUUUGGCACUAGACUUGCGACCUGAACAAUUUAGUAUGGAUAAGUUUCGUUACAUCUGUAUUUUGUCUGGUUGCGAUUAUCUGUCCUCUCUGCCUGGUAUCGGUUUGGGAAAAGCAAAAAAGUUUAUCAUAAGAAAUACAGAUACAGAUAUCCAUAAAGCAUUGACGCGUAUGGGAUCGGUGUUGAAUAUGAAGUCACUGGUUGUGACACAAGAGUACAGAGAUGCAUUUAUAUUAGCUGACAUAACGUUCAAGCAUCAAUUAGUGUUCUGUCCGUUACAAAGAAAGCAAGUGCGAUUAAAUCCUCCUACACCUGAGAUUACAAAAGAUCAAUUGCGAUAUGCUGGUAAAGAGUUAGAUGCGGAUCUUGCUUUCCAACUAGCUCUUGGCAAUUGUGAUCCAGCCACUUUAAAGAUGGUUCACAAUUUUAAUCCAGAUAAAAUUGAAAGAAAAAGAAAACGAAACGAGGAAACAAAACCAUCAGUGAUUUACACUAGCAUCUGGUCAAGCAAAUAUGAAUUGAAAACAAAAAUUCAUAUCACACCGUCUAAAAAUACAGAAAACUACUCGAUUAUUGCUAGAAAAGAGUAUAACAAUAUUCCGAAAAAUAAACACGUUACAUCAAAAUUGCGCGAUAUUUCGACCGUGCAAUGUAAUCAAUUUUCGGAAUAUCAGAAUUUAAACAAAAAUGAUAUUUUGGAUGUAUAUAAUUCAACUCAAGAUGACAAACUGAUUUCCAGUUCGAACGAAAACUCAGAAGAAAGUUUAGGUUUAGAAAAUACAUCACCAGACUUGUUUAGACGAAGAAAUCCGUUUGUUAAACAUGUAUCCGAACUCACAACAUCACCGGGAGAGAACUUACUCUUAGAAAAUACAUCGCCGGAAUUAUUCAGACAAAAAAAUCCAUUUGUUAAACAUGUGACCGAACUUACAACGUCGCCAAGUAUCUUGUCCGAUGACAAUUGUCGAAGAAGAGGGAGAAAUUUGAUGCGCAUGAGACGGACUAUUGUAGAUGAAAAUACUGUAGUGGAAAGCAAAUAUUUCUCGAAACAAAAUAAUGAAAAUCACGACUUGGAAAAUGAAAAAAUUGAAAAAGACAGUUUGAAAAAUAUAAAAUGUAAUCUAAUUUCCAAGAUAGACAUUGAGGUACAGAGCAGCAAACCAAGUUCGGAACAAACAGAAAUAUCAUCUAUAACGAGCCAUGUAGAAAAUGUGAAUCUGAAAGAAGAUAUCAACAAAGUUCUUCCUAAUCAAGAUAAAUAUUUGAGCACCACUUGUGAAAAUACUUUUGAGAAAUUGCAUUCUACAAAUGACAGAAAUUACAAUUCGGAUAAUACAGCAAAUUAUAAUGUAGCAACAGCAAAUGAUAAUGUGAAAGCCGAUGAUGAGCUACUUAAUUAUUAUGAAAAUAUAAACAGUUUACGUGACAAUUUCUCUCAUUGGUCAAGUACUAAUAUUUGUCAAACUCCGCCACGUACAACUGAAGUUUUUAGGGAACGAACUCCAGCGAAUUCGAUACGAGAUAAUUCGGCAAUAAAACGAAAACAAGUGCGUCGAAGUAAACAAUCGCCAACGGUUUCUCGACAACAAAGUUUAUUGAGCAUGUAUGGAUUUCAAAAAAAAUCGAAUAUCAAACAUUGAUUUUAAGGAUUUAUCAAGUUUGAAAUAUUUACGAUCUUGUGUGAACAUUUAAAACGUGUUCUUUAGCAUUUUUGUGUGACAAAUACGGUAAAACCUUUUUCAGUUUUUAUAUGCUUUUUCUACUAUUCUCUCGUUAGUGCGCAUUUAAUUGUAAUUUGUAUGAUUAUGUAAACAAGCACAAGACAAAAUUGUAGACAAAUCGUGCCGUUUAGUGCAAAUAAUUUAGAUUCUGUGCAUACUUGCAUAGUCACGUGGUACAAAAUACUGCCAGUGUUUUGAGACACCUUAUAAAAUAAGACUGUAAAUAUGUAGGUAAGUGUUGACACAUAUAAUGUUACUUAAAUUUUUUAUAAAAUAAAAGUUCGAGUAGAAUUCGGAUAUGAUAUUCAAAUAAAUAUAAUAAUUGACUAAUAAUUGCAAACAACUGAUAUUUUUUUGUGAUAUGUAAUAUUUUUUUUUUCGAAUUGUAUACAAGUGAACGCUGCAGAGAAAACUUCUGAACUCCGUCUUUCUGUAUUGUUCUAUAUAAUCGUAAUUAUAUGCUUAUUGGUGUACGUGUGACUCAUAAGGUAAACUGAUUCUUGCAAUCUUUAUUUACAAUCAAAAUCUCACCUUGUUUUUGAAAUAAGACAGAGAAGUUAUAUGUGACAUACAAUAAAUGUACACACUAUGUUAAAACCAUUGUGAAUAAAGUAUGUUAUCAAUUUAA